AUCCGCAUACUAAAGCUACAUAAGAAAAAACGGAUGGUGUAAGCAGCAUAAUGUUUAAGUAGUGAAGCAUAAUGUUUGUCACCAAGUCAAGUAUAAAAAAAACUGCAAAAUUUAUUACAUACUUGAAAUUUUCACAUUUAUAUUGAAAUAUGUAAUUUUUUUUUAUUCGCCGUGUGUUCCCCGGCAUAGAAUGGGCUACCCCAUCCUUUCCCAUGAGUGUCGAAAGAGGCUACUAAGGGAGGGAUGGGCAGCAGUGUCUCUUAAAAGCCUCUAAAAGCCUAAUUGCGGUUGCCAACCCGCCUACCAAGCAUGGCAAUUACUGGCAAAACUUCCCUUAUGGGGAAGACUUAUGUUUAGCAGUGGACAGUUAGUGAAAUUUAUAAUGGAGGUUGCCUUUUUUAUAGAAUCAGAAGAAAUAUUUAAAAAUGUAGCACAAGAAAUUGUUAAUAAUUUGUAUGGUUCUAAUGUAGUGUCUGUUGGUAUAGAAACCAAUAUUCUGAAACAAGCAAAGGAUGAUCUUAAAAAUAUAUUUUCAUCAUGUAAUUUUGAUAUAAAUAAAGUUAAAGAAGUGUUACUUGGUAAAGGUUGGAAUGAAGAUAAAUUAAAGUAUUUUUUUUCCCUACUUGAUUCUAGAAAUAAUGAACUUCUUUAUGAAAUAUUAUUAUAUCAUAACAGCGCAUUUGGUGACACUGUAGUAAAUUUUGAUUGGUAUUUAAAAAUCGUGCUUGGUACAAGCGAGUUAAAAAUGUUGAAGUAUCCAUUACUACAACUUGUACUUUUAACUAAUUCCACUAACGAAAGAAAACAAAGAGUAUAUGAUGUAAAUAAAAAUAUUUUGAAUAAACUUAUAAAUAUUUUGGAGGAAUUGGACGAAAUAAAAAGAUAAUUCGAAA